AUGUCUGUUCCAUCUGAUGAAACUUUGGGGGACCUGCCUGUGAGAGAUGUAGGUCUAACUCUCCCUGGAACUGGUGGAAUACAAGAAUCGUCGACGACACAGAAUGCAAGAGCUCGACAAGCUGUGUCACGAAUCAGUCGAGAGGAACUGGAAGACAAAUUUCUUCGUUUACGUGAUGAGAACAUCUUACUCAAACAGCAUGCAAAUAAGCAAGAGGACAAAAUUAAAAGAAUGGCCACCAAGUUAAUACGGCUUGUUAAUGACAAGAAGAAAGCUGAGCAGGUUGGUGGCGGCCCCAAGCGGCUGGGCCAGGCUGUGGAGCUGGAAGAAAUGAUUGAACGUUUGCAGGAGAGAGUGCGGGAGCUCGAGAAACAAAACGACAGCCUCCGCAGCAAGCUCAUUUUAACUAAACAGCAGCUCCAGUUUGUGGGCCACAGACCUUAUCCCUACAGCUAUGUUCAAUCUCGUAUCAACACUGGCCUCAAAAAAGUGAAUGAGGCCACUGGCAUGCCAGGGCAUGGAAAGAAAGGAAUGAGAUUUCAGGAUUUAGAAGUGCGAUCACCUAACCCUGUGGUCCCAGUUGACAGACAGAGUCCACUUGAGGAUGCAAGAGCUGAAAUAAGAAAUUUGGAGACUGUGAUUGAGUCCCAGAGGGAACACAUUGAGGAACUAGAACAUACCAGAGACAUACUUGUGAGUCAGCUAAGCAGGAAGGAAAAGGAAAUUGAAGAAUCUGUCCUACAGCUGAAAGAGCAAGACACAACAAGCCGAAGGCUAAACAUUCGAGACAAUGUGGAAAUGAUCAAGGUCCGAAAACAGCUGGCUGAGAAAAGCAAUGCUCUUUCAGCAAUGAAAGGAAAAUUUCUCCAGCUUCAAGAGAACCAAAAGAACCUGAAGACCAGCCAUGAUGCUUUAAUAGCAAAAUGUGAUGAACUGAAUCAGCAGCUUGAAGAAGAACGAUUAAAGUGUCUCCAUCUUCAGAAAGAACUGCAGUUAAUACCUAUUUCAAACCAAAGGACAGAGGAGCUGCAGGAAAGAAUAAGUCGUCUAGAAAAAGAGAAGGAACUCUUGAAGCAAGACUAUGACAAGAUGUGCAAUAGUGUCUCCAGUAUGACCCAUGAACAGCAGUGGAAAUUAAAGGAACAGCAGCUGAAACUGCAAAUUACUAAACUAGAGACUGCUAUCGAAUCUGAUUUAGCAGACAAAAAUGAAAUCCUUGACAAGUUCAAAGCAGAAAGAGACCAAAAGGAAAAGCUGAUGCAAGAGAAUAAAGACCUGCAGUUAUGCUACCAGAAGCAUAAGCAACAACUAGAUGAACUGAAAAAUCAUGUGAAGUUUCUGACCAAGGAAAGUGAUAUUGAUGUGGCAGAACUCAAUGAAGCCCACUUACUUGUAAAGGUUCAAAAGCAACAGCAGAAUGAAGACCUUAUGUUUUUGGAGAAAGUAGAAGAUGAUGUCCCUAAAGAUUUACAACGCUCCAUGCAGGAACUGCAGUUAACACAUGCAGGAACAGUGCAGGAACUUGAAAAGACCAGGAACAUGUUAAUUGUGCAGCACAAAAUUAACAGAGAUUACCAGACCGAAGUGGAAGCAGUGACACGAAAGAUGGAAAGUCUACAGAAAGACUAUGACUUAAAAAUGGAACAGUCUGCCCAUCUUCUUGAUAUUAGAGCUGCACGUAUCAGAAAACUAGAAGCCCAACUAAGAGAUAUUGUCUAUGGUACAAUACCACAUAAAUCCAAGCCAGAAAUAUUGCCAGGUGAUCCAGUGGAUGAAUUUAAUGAAACUGUGCAAUUAGAAAGAGGGGAGAACCUUUUUGAAAUUCACAUCAGCAAAGUAAUCUUCUCUGCUGGAGCUAUAAAUGCUUUUGGUGACCAUGAACCCUCAACUUUUUGUACUUAUGGAUUCUAUGACUUCGAACUUCAGACAACCCCAGUAGUUUCUGGGCACACCCCAUCAUACAAUUUCACUUCUCAGUAUUUUGUGCUUGCUGAUGACAACUUUUUGCACUAUAUACAGCAAAACAGUAUCACACUUGAAGUUCAUCACGCAUAUGGCAUCGAUUAUGAAACAGUUGCUACAUGUGAACUGAAGUUCCAUGAAAUUUUGGAAAACAGUGGGAAGAUCUACAGAACAGCAAAUUUAGUUGGAAUCAAAGGAAACAUUCAAAAUUACGGCACUGUAGAAUACUGGAUCAGGUUACGAGUUCCUAUGGAUCAAGCUAUUAGACUCUACAAAGAGAGGUCAAAGGCUCUGGGGUAUAUAACAUCCAGUUUUAGGGAACGUGAACAACGAUCCCAGCAGCAGAUACUCAGAACUGCCCAAGUCAGCACUUCAACAGAUGGCAAUUUAAAUGAACUUCACAUUACAGUAAAAUGUUGUAACAACCUACAAGCCCGAAAAAAACAUCUUCAGCCAGAUCCUUACGUUGUCUACAAGUUCUUCGAUUUUGCAGAUCAUGAUACUCCCAUCAUUUCUAGCAGCAACAAUCCACAAAUAGAUGACCAUAUGUGUUUCCAAGUGCCAAUGAAUGCAGAUUUGGAUCGAUACCUAAAAUCAGAAUCCUUAACCUUUUAUGUAUUUGAUGAUGGUGAAAUGGAAGAAGGUGUUUAUGUAGGGAAAGCCAGUGUGCCUCUUAUUUCUUUAGCACAUGACAAAUCUAUCUCAGGUACUUUUGAACUAAUAGAUUCUGAAAGACAUGCUGCUGGCACCAUCACAGUUGAAUUAAAAUGGAAUUUUGUCUACCUACCACCAAGGGGAUCAACAAUGGCUGCAGACUUAGCAAAUUUAAUUCAAAAUGAGAAAUCAAUGGCAAUUAAAUUACUAGCAGAAGAAAAAACCCAGACUCCAGACCUGUUGCCUUCCUUUACUUCAUUAGUGACAAAGCCAACACCCAAACCAAGGCAGCGUGCAGCUCAAGCAGACAAGAAAGUAUCUUUUCAGGAUCUUACUACAAUACAGGUGGACUCUGUUGUUGAAAAUAAUAUGGAGCUUGCAGAGAAGAUGAAGGCUUCAGAAAUUCCAAGUGUUUCAGAGGUUAAACCAGAAAGUCUGGCAGAUGAUAAGGUGGAAGAGAUGGCUGAAGAAAUUCAACAGGAAAAGGAAGACCUGUCACAUCUGUCAGAGGGGCAGUUGGCUGACCAGAGCUCAAUUACCUCUGGAGAUGAGACAGAAAUAGCUGAAGAAUUGGAACCAGAAGCUGGUCAAGAUGAUAGACAAGAAAGUGAUGCAAUUGAAUCAGUAAUAACUGACAGUGAUGACUGUAUUGUUUCAAGUCCAGUAUCCAAGAAUAUUAUAAAGGCAACUGAAAAAAUUCGGAUUGAAAUUAUAUCGCUCUGUCUUACUGAGUCUCAAAUCACAUCAGAUGAAACUAUACAGCAGCUGUUUGUAGAAUGCAGAUUAUACAAUUUCCUUGCAGAGGAAACCCCACUGUCACUACCCAAACCAACAAGUGGUCAGAGGAUUCACUUUAACUAUAGCACUGUGAUACAUGUGGAUAUGGCAAAUAAUCGUGCAAGAAGAGAGUAUCUCAAGUCUAUGCUUCUAAAGCCAAAUCUGCAUACUGACAGCCUACAAUUUACAGUGGUCAGUGAUCCCCCAGAAGAUGAACAGGAUCUUGAAUGUGAAGAUAUUGGAUUUGCUUAUGUCAGUUUGAGAGAGAUACUCCAGAAGCAGAGAGACAUCAUUGAGCAAGAUAUUGAAGUUUUCGAUUCACAAGAUGAUAGUGCAGUAAUUGGAAAGCUCAAAGUAACAGUGGAAGCCCUCCAUGCGCUGCAUUCAGUCUAUGAGGAAUGCAAAGAUGACUAG